AUGCAACGAGUUCAUGAGUCUGAAGAACGUAAUGGUCAUACACCCCCUCCACCCUAUACGCUGGUUGACCAGUUCAUUGGUGGUAGUACGACUCAAACCCGACAACAUUCACAAAAUCCACAAAGUCAAUACUCGGAAAACUCACCAGACUCUGACUUUCGUCUGGCUCAAAAACUUCAAGACGAGGAAUAUGCUCGCUGGGCAGAAUCUAAUCGGCAACAGGAACUGGUAUCCAAUGUUGGCGAAUCGUCUAUCGACCAUUUUCAUUCACGAGUAAUUCCUCCUAUACCUGAAAAUUAUCGAUGCAAUCAUCAUCUUCCUUAUCAAAGCAAUUUAAUUCAAAACCCACAACCACAACAACAAUACCCAAUAAUUUAUGCAUCUCCAAAUCAACCUCCCCUACCUUACAAUCAACCUGAUCCUUACAUUAGUAAUGGUGUUGGAGGAAAUUUACAAUAUUAUGGAAGUUUGAAUCAAGAUCGAUCUGCUUAUUAUCAAUUACCACGCCCUUAUCCAUAUCAUAAUAAUUAUCAAACUACCCAACCACAAACUUCAUAUCACACUAUUGAUGAUGAUGAUAAUACAGCUUCAGGAUGCCUAACUGGAUUGUAUGAACGUUUCAUUUCUGUUAUUUUAAUUUUAAUAGUGAUUGGUUUUGUUUCCAUGUUUGUGAACGAUUUUUGA